CGUCCCACCACCCAACCCACGUUUGUCUAAAAAAAAUCCACCAACGCCCGAUCCAGAUAUCCCCUCCGCCUCCAUCCCCCGCUGCGUGCGCCACGCCGGCGGCCACGUGGCCGCCGCUCCCCGUCUCGCGCCGCUGCCCGCCCCCCCUCCGCCGCGCACAUGCCCUCCCGCCGCGGCCCCAACUCCUCCUCCGUCACUUUCGCUGCACCGCCUCGUCCCCCGCGGCAUCGGCGUCGGUGGUGUCGGCGUCCCCGUUGGCCUGGGACUGGACCCGCUGGAGCCGCCACUUCGCGGCGGUGGACCAGGCCGAGAGCUACGUCUCCGUGCUGCGCUUCCAGCUUGAGGUGGCCGUGGAGGGCAAGGACUUCGCCUAGGCCGCCGCCCUCAAGCGCGCGCUCCUCGACGCCGUCUCCCGCGUCAUGGCCGGGCGCAAGAGCGCCAUCGAGGAGCAGCGGUACCAGGACGCCUCCAGGCUGACCAAGCUCGCCAGAACUAGCCUGGUGAGCCCCCUAUCGCCCACUCCUGCUUCUCCAUCGCUGCUUCUUCUUAACAAACCAUCUUCUAAUAGCAAGGUAGGUUGGUGGGUGGGAUAUGCUAAGGACACCGAUGACUCAAUCGGGAGGAUUGUGCGGAUGAACCCUGGUGUCGGGAGAUACGUCGCUAAGAGCUACAGCCCAAGUUUGAACCUAUAAAAAUGGGUGAUCUGUACAGUUGUCAUCUCCUACAUGUGUACAAUAUGACACUGAAUUGGCCAAAAAUAGGGAGCUACAAGAUGAACUUUUAAAGGUUAAGACCUCACUGUCUGCUUCAACGAAGAGAUUUGAAGAGUUGCAAAAGGUAAUUUUGGGGCAAAUUUCCAGUGCUGCAGGAUAAAGAGAUGUUGAAGCGGCAGACUGAAUCCAUGACACCGUAGUGCAAUUGCGGCAGAUUAUCUCUAUUUUUCCUUUUCAUUUUUCUUAUUAGUGGAGUGAGAAUAGGUAGAAUGAGGAACUAUGUGAUAGUAGAUACAACAACUGUAGUAAAAAGAGUCCAUGUCAAUUAUGUAUGCUCUUACUGGAUGUGUUCUAAUGCUGGUUUAUUACAAAUCUUUGUUUGUUUUGUUGGAAUUGUAAACAUAAAAUGGAAUUGGUUCAUUUUAUUUUUUUAAUUCCUAA